UGAUGCCGUAGGCUUUAGGAGUCCAGGUGAUCUUUUUCUCUGCAUAAUUCAGUUCUAGUUCAUAUUUUCAUCCUUUGCACGUCAGAAUAAACCAGAUUUUUUUAUCCAGUUCAAUAAUGGUGACCCUGUGGACAAUAUUCUGCUUAGUUUACUACGUAUCCAUGACAACGGCUACCCAAAACACGUGUCCAGUCGUCCGAUACACCGGAUCUUUCAGGGCUGCUGACAAAGUAUCUGACUACGCCCUCCUUGGACAUUCUUACAAGAAUUUUACAACCUCCAUCAUCCAGGAGUGUUUUAAUGACUGUGUGAUGGACUGCGCAUGCGUGUCCUAUCAACUGUUUGGUACACGAUGCGAGCUGAUGGACGAGGACAGACAAACAGAACCAGGACACUUUAAGGAAAAGCUUGGAUACCAGUAUUACGAGCUUCAACAAAAGUUUAAACAACAGCAUACUCCAGCAUCUUGUGCGGGACACUGCAGAAAUGGCUGUUGUAGAUUUGUGUCUUGUCUCAACGGAGGAACCUGUAUCGAGCAGUGUGACGACGUCAAGCGAAAGUUCAAAUGUCAGUGUCGUUCAGAUUUCACAGGCAAAAUGUGUGAGCAUCCCAUGACUUGCGCUGCUUAUGGUGCAGGUCGUACCAGUGGAGAAUACCCCAUCACUUUACCCUCUGGGGACAAAAUUAAUGUUUUCUGUGACUUCACGUCUGAGCCGGGCUUCGUGUGGACUCUGAUAGAAUCCUUCGCGUUUUCUAAACAUCUUGAUUACAAGACAAAGCCAUUUACUGUCGACUUUCCUGUCAACCCUACAGCUCCAACAUGGGACAACUACCGUUUGUCGAGGUCGGUUAUGUUGUAUGUGAAAAGUAAUUCAACUCUGUGGAGAGCUACUUGUAAGUACGACACGGAUGGUCUAUCCACACGGGACUACAUGAAAGGGUUGCUGAAAUACAUGGAUAUUUUGGCUCAUCAAAGUGGAGACGUGUGUGCAAAAGUGCUGUAUAUUGACAUAAGAGGUAUAAACUGUACCGAAUGUACCACACAUUUUCGUCAAAGUAACCGUCAUCCAUAUGUUGACUGCGCCUAUGGACGAAACAGCCUGGGAUGUACGUUUGAUGCUAGUUCUGGCGGAGUGCGAAAAAACAAAGACGGUUAUUGGUCUUGGGAUGAUAACUUCGGGUAUUAUCAUGUUCAUAAUCCAAACCAUCGGUGCUCUUCUUCGUCUUCCUCUACAACACAGUGGUGGCUGGGGACACCGGUGUAACCAGCUGAUUAUCCAUCCAUCCAUCCAUCCAUCCAUCCAUCCAUCCAUCCAUCCAUCCAUCCAUCCA